CGAACCACCGACCCAUUCGACCGUCCUCACCGCCGGGUUUAACAACACUGUCUCAAAGCCCAGGACUUUCCAUUAAUGACGCCUGAAAAUCUCCUCCACCAUCCAUUCCCCUCCCAAAAAUGCACCCUUGGUUGCCCCAUCCUGGACCGCUGUCUCAGCGGCGGUGUCCCAUGCAAUUCAAUCACAGAAAUUGUUGCCGAAAGCGGCUCCGGCAAGACGCAACUCUGCCUGCAACUCUCCCUCUGCGCUCAACUCCCAGUCUCCCUAGGCGGCCUCUCUGCUUCCGCUCUCUACUUCCACACCGAAUUUUCUUUUCCGUUUCGCCGCCUCAACCAACUGUCCCAUUGUUUCCAAUCUUUAUACCCUCAAGUUUUUAUUAGUGAUGCCGUUAAUAGUAGUAAGAAUGGUAAUUGUAAUCCAUGUGACAAUAUAUAUGUACAAAGUGUACACUCUGCAGAUCAACUGCUCGAUAUGAUGCCCAAGAUAGAAUCGUUUCUUGCAAAUUCUAAAACCCAUUUUCCUGUUAGGCUAAUUGUGAUUGAUUCAGUUGCAGCGCUUUUUAGGUCUGAGUUUGGUAAUACAACAAGCGAUCUAUGGAGGAGGUCAUCGCUGUUCUUCAAGAUAUCUGGGAAAUUGAAGGUGCUGGCGAAGAGAUAUAAUUUGGCAGUGGUGGUGACUAAUCAGGUGGUGGAUUUUGUGGGUUCAGGCGAGGGAGUAAAUGGAGUGAGGAUUGGAAAUUUGGGUAGCUUGUGUUCUUCUGGGAGGAGGGUUUGUCCGGCAUUGGGGUUGGCCUGGGCUAGUUGUGUGAAUUCCAGGCUUUUCUUGGCGAGGGAUGAGAAUGGCUUGGUGGAUGGGGAUGAGAGUAGUUUUCCGUAUUGGCAAACAACUAGGCGGCUUCAUAUUAUCUUUGCGCCGCACUUGCCCUAUUCGUCGUGUGAACUAGUCAUCAGGAGAGAAGGGGUUUUUGGAAUUGACAGAUAAUGGCCAGUUUUUGUACAAGAUUACUUCUUUUGAAGGGCAGCUUUUACCUCUUCAUGAAUCUUCCGAAUGUGAUCAGAAAUGCUUCCCCUUCAUCACUUACUCUAGCUUGUGACAAGGGUACCAAAUUAAGCACAUGUUGAGGUUUCAACCGAUAAGCAACUUCAAAAGAUGUCUUCUUUGUGCUUUGUUUGAUAGAAUUGUUGUAAGCAAAUUCAGCUUGGGGUAUGACUAAAUCCCAUGUGUUGUUCCCCACAAGAUAUCUUAAAAGAUUCUCCAAACUAGGAUUAACAACUUCUGUUUGGCCAUUAGUUUGUUGAUGGCAGGUACUAGAAUAUUUCAAUUCUGUUCCAAAUUUUCUCCAUGAAGUCCUCCAAAAGUGCCCUAGAUAAAGUGUGCCAUGUUUGAGAAACGAUCUACCACAACAAAGAUAGAAUCAAAUCCCUUCGCUGUCUUUGGAAGUCCCAAGACAAAAUCUAUACUCAAAUGAAUACAUGAUGCUUUUGGUUCAGGUAAAGGAGUAUAAAAGCCUUUGUUUUGAGAAACUUCUUUGCCAAAUAAACAAGCUAGACAUCUCUUCACCAAUUUCUCCACAUCCCUUUGCAACUUCGGCCAAUAGUAACGGCCAGCGACCAUUGUGAAAGUUUUGUCCCUGCCGAAAUAUCCUCCCAAACCAUUUCCAUCAAGUUCUCUAAUAAUUUGCUCCCUUAAAUACCUUCUGGAAUGCAUAACUGAUUUCCACUAACAAAUAAUCUUCAUGCAAAUUGCAAUCUAUAGGGCGAAUUUUCAGCUUGUGAGGAAUGUUGCAAAUUAGCAAUUAUGUUGCUGAAAUAAGGAUCAGAACCAUAUUGAUUCAUUAAUUCCUCAAAACUAUGACUUGAGUGCUCAUAACUGACAAAAGUAAAGAUUGCCUACUUAAGGCAUCAAUUAUAAUAUUCGAUUGUCCAGACUUAUGUUUCAAUGAGCAGUUAAAUUCAUCAAGGAAAGAACUCCACUUAGCAUGUUUAUCAUUAAGCUUUUCUAUAUCUCAAAGCUUGAUCGUCAAAAUAAACCACAAACUCAUGGUAAGCUAAGUAGUGUUGCCAAUGAUGAAUGGCUCUUACAAAGGGGUAGAACUCUAAGUCAUAAGUCGAAUAACGUCACUUGGAAUCAGACAACUUCUCACUGAAAAACUUUAGAGGCUUUCCAUCUUGGCUUGGAGCUGCUCCAAUUCCUACAUGUGAAGCAUCACACUUUACGACAAAUAAUCUCAAAAUCUGGUAGUGCAAGAACUGGUACUUCAGUCAUCAAAACUUUCACUUGUUCAAAAGCUUUUUAUGCAGAUUUUGACCACUCAAAUCCACCCCUUUUCAUAGAUUCUGUUAUAGGACUCAUAAUAGAACUGAAAUUUAAAAUAAAUCUCCUAUAAAAAGAUGCCAAACCAUGAAAGAUCCAAGCUUCCUUGGUGGAUUGAGGUGCUGGCCACUUAGUGAUUGCACGAACUUUUUCUGGAUCUAGUUUUAAACCUUUUGCCGACACAAUGAACCCAAGAAACACCACUUUUGAUUGCAGGAAAUUGCAAGUUUAGAUAUAGCUGUUCCCUUUGAAGUAAUUCUAUCACUUGUCUCUAAUGUUCUAAAUGCUUUUCCUUGGUGCAUCUAUAGAUCAAAAUGUCAUCAAAAUACACUACAACAAAAUAAUUCAAGAAAUGCUUGAGUACAUCUGUCAUGACCCUCAUGAAUGUACUUGGCGCAUUGGAAAGUGCAAAUGGCGUCACUAACCUUUCCAAUAACCCAUUCGGUGUCUUAAAAGUUGUCUUCCAUUCAUCUCUGCACCUCAUUCUAAUUUUGUGAUAUCCACUCUUCAAAUCAAUCUUGGAAAACAUUUUGAAACCCGCUAAUUGAUCAAGCACUUCUUCCAAUCGAGGAAUAAGAAAGGGAUAAAUGAUUGUAAUCUUGUUUAUGGUUCAGCUGUCCACACCCAUUCUCCAUGAACCAUCUUUCUUUGGAGCUAAUAAAGUUGGACAAGCACAAGAACUCUUACUUUCAUGCACCAAACCCUUCUCCAAUAACUCCUUGACUUGCCUUUCUAUUUCAGCUCGUUGCAUAGGAGGCAUUCUACCUGUAGGCAGAUUUGGUAAAGUUGCUUCCAAUACCAAAUCAAUAGCAUGUUGAAUGCUUCUUAAAGUGGUAAGCUUUUUGGCAUAUCCUCACUAACUCUUCAUAUUCCUUAUACAAUUGUUGGACUUUAAUGGGAAAUUGAGGUGAUUUGGAACCUGGUAACUUUUUGCUACUUUGUUUACUAAAGCAUACAUGACCCCUAUCUCACUACUUUCAACUUCAAACUUUUUAGCACUCAAAUACCCAUUCAUGGUGCUGGUUGUAGAACUCUUAGUUGCCAAUUGCUUUGCCUUCUUCUUAAGAGUAUACAAAGUGUCCCUUUUGUUGUCUUUGUAGGAGUAAGUAUUAGGCUUUGUCUUAUGAAUCAUAUGAUGAUCAAACAACCAAGGUCUCCCAACAAGAAUGUGCCCAACAUCCAUUGGUACAACAUCACAUAAAGCUUCAUCUUUCAUGUUACCUCCCAUAGUGAAUUUCACCAAACAUUGAGAAGUUACUGGUAUCUCAUGCCCCUUGUUUAACCAGCCAACCUUGUAUGGGUGAGGAUGUUUUAUUGUAGGAAGCUUCAAUUUGUCCACAGGCUCCUUAUACAUGAUAUUUUCCAUGCUUCUUCCAUCAAUGACAAGAUCACAGACCUUACCUCCAAAAACAACACAUGCAUGGAAAAUACUAUGCCUCUUAUAAUCUUCCUCUUCAUCUUUGAUUGUCAUCGUCAUCACCAUUUGUACCACCAAGUUUUAACCUUGGGCUGGAUGAACAUCAAUUUCCUCUAUCUCCUCAUCAUAUUCGUAAAAAAUUGGAUCUAACUUUUCCUCAAACUCAACUAAAUUUACCCUCCUUUGUGGACAAGUGAAUAAAGUAUGUCCCUUCUCUCCACAAGUAAAACAUCGAACCUGACUAUCACUACCUCCUUUAGUUGUAGAUGAACUAGAAUUAGUUUGUCCACCAUAAGGUACUAUAUUUUUCCCUUUAUCGCUCCUCUCAACAUUGGUUGCACCUUUGUUGGUUUUAUUAUUAUUACGUAUAGCAGCCUCCUUCCAGUUCCAUUGGCUUGUUUGAUACCCAUGUCCAGCCCCCAAAUUGUUUUGCCAAUUUGUUUUGUAUAUGGGUUUUCUAGCACCAUAACAUAAAACUCACUUUUCAGUUGCUAAAGCAUGAGCAUCCUCAAUAUUGUGUAAAUGAACUACUCCCAUCUCAUCUUUAAUAGAGUGAAUCAAACCAACAAGGUAGCAAAAGCAAGUGGUUCAUUACUUUUCAGACAAACCAACUCAAAUUGAUAGGUUAUUUAAUUUUGCAGUGUACUCUUGAACGGACAUAUUGUUUUGCUUCAAACAACAGAACUUCUCAUACAAUUCCAUCAUAUAAUCGGUAGGCAAAAAUUACUUCUGCAAAUUAGUUUUCAUCUGCUCCCAAUUGUCGAUUUUAGUGUUACCUUGUCGUGCACGUUGCUUUUCAACUAUCUUCCACUAGUGAAGUGCAGUUCCCUUGAAUUUAAGCUUUACAAAUAGCACCUUUUGAUUUUUAGCUAUGGUUUCCAUUCAAAGUAAUUCUCUAAACUAGCUUCCUAGUCCAAAUAAUCCUUCGCAUGUAACUGUCCAUGAAAAUCAGCUGCUUCAAUCCUUCACUCCACCAUUCAAUUUAAGAGCGUGCAGUAACCGAUGCUCUAAUGCACUUCAUAUCGCUUGAUUUUCGGGUCCAACUUUAUGAAAAGGGUUCACGUUCUCAAUUUCCUCUUCAAUCCUAAGAUCUUCUUCAAUCCUGAGAAUUUUUGGGAUUGGAAAAGGAAAAUUGGAAUUGUAAUUGGUAGUCCUUCUAACAAAGUUUGAGGUAUAAGUUUUGGUAAAUGUUUUAGGCUUCUUGAUAUCUAACAGCUGCUCUUGCAAUUUAGUCACAUCUACUGCCUCUGUCAAAGUUGCAGGCUUCAACAUCCUCACCAUCAACCUUAUUUCAUCCUUAAGGCCUCCCAUAAAUCCAGAAAGAAAGUAUGCUUCUCCCUAAUCAGGCAUCACCCUCUCCAUUCUAAUCCUCAAAUCCUCAAAGUUAUCCAAACAUUCCUAUAAACAAUUUUCUUGUCUCAAUUUCAUAAAUUUCUCUACAAUAUCUUCCAAUCCAAGAUCCCUAAAUCUCCCACAAAGUCCUUUCUCAAACUCCUCUCAAGUAUGAUUUCCCCAUUGUUCCAAUUGUGGAACCUAGCAUCGGCCUUAUCAAUAAAAAAUAAACUUGCAAUCCCAAUUCUUUGAUCUAUGGGAACCUUGUACACUUCAAAGUAUUUCACACAUUUUCUAAGCCAAACCUUAGGUUCUUUCCCAUCGAAAGCAAUUAAUUCAAUCUUAGGCAAGAAUGGAUUCAUACUGAUGAAAGAAACUAAUAUUUGAGGGAAUUUUUUGUAUAUUUCUUAAUGAUGAAAAAUGAUAUACAAGGCUCCUAUUUAUAUACAAAGAAUCAUACUUAAAUAGGAAAUUAAAAAAUAAGAAGCUAAUUACAAUAGGAAAUUACAAUUAAUACUUAAUCAUUUGUAUUCCUAGAAUCAAGGAAUUCCAACACUCCCCCUCAAGUUGGUUCAUGGAUAUUACAUAUGCCUAACUUGCAAACUAAAGUGUGGAAUACUUUGAUGCUUAGACCUUUUGUAAAUAUAUCAGCCAACUCCUCCUUUGAAGUUGCAUAAAUCACAGUCAAUGAACCAUCUACAAUCUUCUCCCUUAUGAAGUGGACCAAUCUCUAUGUGCUUGAUUCUAUUACAUUGAACUGGAUUAUAGACAAUAUUAAUUGCAGCUUUGUUAUUAUAAAAUAAAAAUAAACUAUUGGUCUCUGACAAUGUCAGCUCUUCCAUCAAUUUCUGCAACCACAAUAGCUCACAGAUGCUUUGUGCUGCACUUGAUCUAGUUGUCAUAUUUUGUUUCUUGCUUCUCCAAGUAACUAGGUUACCACUAACAAAGGUGCAAUAACUUGAUGUAGACCUAUCAUCAAGAGAUCCAGCCUAAUCUACAUAUGUAAAGGCUUUUUUCUGGAGUGACUAUGCUUUGAAAAAAGAAGUCAUUUUCCAAGUGCUUCAUUCAUCUCAUCUUUCUCAUUUGUUGCCUUUUUCGUAGAGGAAUUUUUUUCAUCAUAGGCAUGUUCAUUGCAUUUGCCCUCUAUAUCCAAUGGCCUUUUGGUUCCUGUCUUCUUCUGCUUGUUGCAUCCCAAGUGUCUUGAGAAUUUUCUCUAUCAUCUCUUUCAUCUUCUGAUUCAUAACUUCUUUCACUGCUUGUCGUUAUUCUUCACUAGCCAUUGAAAGAAAAAAAAAAAAAAAUCAAGGGUGCAAAAUUAGCAAUUUUAAAAUUUUAAAACAUAAUGUUUUAUGCAACAUGCAAGUUUUUUGUGCUAUUGCAAAAACACAUAUUUUAGGUUACAACACUUUUAACUCAACUGCUAAAAAGUCUAUUUGUCAUUGGGAAACUUAAACUUUAAAAUUAUUAAGAUAAAAUUAAGGACUUUACCCAUAUAGGCGCAGAAUCACAUUCAACACCAAGUCCGGGAAGAUUAGAUCGCCAAAAGUCGAUUAUCGAGUCUAUCCACACAAACAAGAUGACCAAAGCACCAAUUUUCAACUAAAACUCCUUUUGUGCUUCCUUUUCUUGUCUUGACCAAGCUUGCACAAAGAUGAAGUUUAGGGUUUUCUUGAUUUUUAAACUUAUGGAAGUAUAGAGAAAAUUUUUCUGCCUUUAAUUCAAGAGUGAUAACUUCAAAUUUCUCUUAAAUUAAUCAUAAGAAAGAAGAGAUGAGAGAAUUGGCUUGAGAGAAAAAGUGAAGAAGAAGAAAAGAUUAACAAAACUUAAUCUUCCAUUCUCUAACUAUUAGAGAUAUUUAAUUCCUUUUAAGGUCAAUUAGUGGUUGAUAACUAAUGAUUACCUCAUUU